AUGUUUGAGGAGUUCAAUGACGAAAUGGAACCUUGGCACAGAUGUGUGGUCACAGGGAUACAAUACUAUUAUGAGUCGAAGACUGCAUGUGAAUCCUCCCCCUCCAAUCACAAUGCUGGGCCAAGAUCACAGGGCUUCCCAGAGGCUGAACAACCUGGCAAGUUGGAUUGCAUCGGUGAAUGGGAUAGUCACAAGAGUCUUACACUGAGAGAGGAAGACCUCGAGAACUUCCAGAGAGAACAAGCAUCUGCCCGAGAACAGAAACAUGCGAUGGAGGCAAUCAACAUUGGCACACACAAAGGAGUGUUCGCUAUCAACAUCUCUCUCUCUUGUGAACAUUCCUCUUCAUUUCAGAUUGCUUCUGUGCAAGACCAGGAGCUGCUCAUUCUGUGGAAAAGGGAAAUGGAGGCAAUGGUUGCCAAACCUGGCGUGACAUCACUCACCUUGCCAUCUGAUCCUCUGAGAGAUGUUGGCAGUGUGGAUGCCAAUGAUGGAAUGCUCCUCAGUGAUAGUGGAGCCAGCUGA